AUGUCGGGAAUCACCGACUUCCUCGGCCGUGCCAUUAGCACGGUCAAGCAGGCCAUCGAUGCCGAUAACGCCGCCGAGUACGACAAGGCCUUUCAACUAUACACAAAGUCGCUCGAGCUCUUCGUCCUUGCCGUCAAGUGGGAGAAGAACCCAAAGUCAAAGGAGCUCAUCCGCCAGAAGACGGCCGAGUAUAUGGACCGCGCCGAGAAGCUCAAAACAUACCUCAACGAAGCGGAGAGUAAAAAGAGCGGCGGGGGCGGGAACAAACCCGGUGCCGUGGGCGUUAAUGGCGGCGGCAAGGGUAAGGGGAGCGCUGACGACGGCGAUGAGGACAACAAGAAGCUGCGCAACGCUCUCAGCGGCGCCAUCCUGCAGGAGCGGCCCAAUGUACGGUGGGACGACGUCGCCGGUCUCGAGGGCGCCAAAGAUACGCUAAAGGAGGCCGUCGUGCUGCCCAUCAAGUUCCCGUCACUGUUCCAGGGCAAGCGUCAGGCGUGGAAGGGUAUUCUCCUCUACGGCCCGCCUGGAACGGGUAAGAGUUAUCUGGCCAAGGCGGUCGCGACGGAGGCAAACAGCACAUUCUUCAGUGUCAGCAGUUCCGAUCUCGUAAGCAAGUGGAUGGGAGAGAGUGAGAGGCUCGUCAAGGCCCUGUUCAGCAUGGCGAGAGAAAACAAGCCCUCGGUCCUGUUCAUUGACGAAAUCGACGCCCUCUGCGGCCCCCGCGGCGAAGGCGAGUCCGAGGCGUCAAGACGUAUCAAGACGGAGCUGCUCGUGCAGAUGGACGGUGUCGGAAACGACAGCAAGGGCAUUCUGGUCCUGGGCGCGACCAACAUUCCCUGGCAGCUCGACGCCGCCAUCCGCAGACGUUUCCAGCGCCGCGUGCACAUUGGUCUCCCCGACGUCAACGGCCGCGCGCGCAUGUUCAAGCUGGCCGUCGGCGACACGGAAACGCACCUCCAGGCGGACGACUACCGCGUCCUGGCCGAGCUGUCGGAGGGUUUCUCUGGCAGUGAUAUUGCCAACGUGGUGCAGCAGGCUUUGAUGGGGCCCGUUCGCAAGAUUAUCCAAGCCACACACUUUAAGCCGGUUGUUCACGAGGGCCAGAAGAAGUUGACACCUUGCUCGCCCGGCGACCCCCAAGCCAAGGAGAUGACGUAUCACGACGUCGACUCGGAGGAGCUGAUGGCGCCCAUCAUCGAGCUCAAGGACUUCAAGCAGGCCUUGAGGGACUCGCAUCCCACUGUUUCCGACGACGAUGCCGCCAAGCAAAUAGAGUGGACAAACGAGUUCGGUAGCGAGGGCGCAUGA